AUGGCAGACUCUCAGAUGAAAGUAGAUGUUGCGCUCGAGACUCCAGCAUCCGAAGUUUUCAUAGCACCCUCAAUCAAUCAAUCUCUACUACUCUCUGGCGAUUCAUAUCGACAUUAUUCAGAUGUUCCUCCGUCACUGCUUCCCAAGCCAAAUACCGAUGCUUCCAAACCCGAUGCGCCUUCAAUUCCUGGCCCCGCAUGUGCUUUAGGAAUUGAUGAAGCUGGGCGCGGUCCUGUUCUUGGUCCAAUGGUUUACGGGUUAUUUUAUUUACCUUUACCUCUCUCCGAUCCUCUCUUACGAAACACACACCAUUUUGAUGACAGUAAAGUCCUUACACCAACAGUUCGUUCAGAACUCAUGAAGAAACUCUGCACACCAGACUCAGAUUUGUAUACACAAUGUGGCUGGGCGGUCGAUGUUCUGUCGGCGAGAGAUAUCGGUGCCAAUAUGAUGAAGCCUGCGACUUAUAACUUAAAUGCACAAGCUAUGGAUUCUACUAUCGCAUUGAUCCAGGGAGUGAUGGAUAAAGGAGUCAAUGUGAAGGAGAUUUAUAUCGAUGCUUUGGGCAAUACAGUUACAUAUCAGAAGAAGUUGGAACGCAUCUUUCCCACAGCUCAAAUUACAGUUGCGAAGAAGGCAGAUAGUCUGUAUCCAUGUGUGAGUGCGGCAAGUGUAUGUGCAAAGGUUACCAGAGACGCUGCUCUGGAGACAUUGUACGAAAGCUACGUUAGCAAAGACGGGGAUCAAGAGAUGGGCGGGACGGAAGUUGCUGAGGAUAGUUGGGGUUCUGGAUAUCCCUCCGACGCGAGAGCAACUGCAUGGCUAAAACGGAACAUGGAUCCCAUAUUUGGAUGGGGCAGUGAAUGCCGUUUUAGUUGGGGAACGACAAAAGAUAUGCUGGAUUUAAAAGGUGUUGCGGCUAAAGUCGAUUGGCCCAUUGAGGAAGAUGAUGAAACGAGCAGGUUAACGGAUUUCUUCAGUGCGGAUAAAGAUAAGGAUACAGAUGAGCUCGGGACAUGGUUUGGAAGCUCACACGAGCGAGCAGGCGUUUUGGCGGGGUGCAAAAAUGGAGUAUUAGAUACCUAG